UAAACAUUUUUUGACGUGGAGGAUUCUCACCGGAGGUUUACGAUGGACUACUCAAAAUUUCUUGAUGAUAAUUUUGAUGCAAAGGAAUGGGUUAAUGCAGCCUUUGGAUCACAGAAGGACCCAAGUACUGCAAAAGAUCAAUAUGCAACUACAUUAGUUAUGAAACUUCAAAUGUUCAUUCAGGAAGUGAACAACAUUAUAGAAGAAACAAGUCAGCAGGCAGUUCAAAAUCUGCCAAGGGUGAUACGAGAACUGGACGCUGUCAGACAGGAAGCUGCUCUACUUCAGGAUCAGAUGACAAUGGUCAAGGAAGAUAUUCAGAAGGUGGAACAUGACACAUCAAAAUCUAUGCAGACCCUUUUGAAACUAGAUGCAAUCAAAUCUCGAAUGACAUCAGCUGCUGAGGCACUUAAGGAGGCUGAUAAUUGGACGACACUGAGCUCAGACGUGGAGGAGGUGUUCCAGUCCAAGGAUAUUAAGGCUAUAACAUUAAAACUGAAAGGAAUGCAGAACAGUUUGCUGAUGUUGGUUGAUACCCCUGAUUAUGGAGACAGAUGUCAACAUCUGGAAACCCUAAAGAACAGAUUGGAGGCCCUAUUAAGUCCCCAGUUAGUGCAGGCCUUCAACACACAGUCCCUGGAGGCUGCACAGAUGUACACUCAAAUCUUCACUGACAUAGAUAGACUACCACAACUGUACAAGUACUACACAAGGUGCCACAGGGUGACAUUGUUGAGUACAUGGAAGGACGUAAUGGAAGCAAAUGCUGAUGAAACUUUGAAAGAAUGGCUGACAGAGUAUUAUGAUCAACUCCUGUCAACUUGGCAUACACAGAUUAAGUGGUGUAGACAGGUGUUUCCUGAUCCUGUCCCUAUAGUGUGUAAUCUGAUCACAGAGUCGAUGAAAUCCCUGGAUCCACCCCUACAUUCCUGUGUUAAUCUGUACAUACAGCACAGAGAUACACUGACUGGACUCACAGAACUCAAGCAGAUUACGGAGAGAUUUGCCAGGAGUAUUGAGCAAGCUGUGGAAGCCAAUAUGAAAGCAGAAGAUGUCAGUCAUGUGACCAGCUUGGAUCAUCUGCUACUGGAGUUAUAUGCCCCUUAUCGUCAGUACAUCAGCACCUAUCAAAGUUUGGAAGAAGAGAAACUUGGAAAAGAUUUAGAGUCAAUAAAAAUGGAUCAUGAAGAAAUUUUUGAGACAGUACAGUUGUUAGCCAGAUCAGUCAAUAAAUUGUUUAGUUUUGCAAAGGAGGCUAAUGAGAGAUGCUUGAAUUUGACCAAUGGCUGUGGAUAUUUGUUUAUGAUGGAUGCAUUAAAGACAUUCUUCAGUAAUUAUUGUAAAGAAUUCCGGAGAGUACUGACGAAUAUUAAGGAGAAAUGUCGCACGAGUCGGAGAGCUGGGGAGGAGGAGGAUUGGACACACUUCCAGCACACACUUAGAAUCAUACAGACGUGUGGUGAUUUAAUCAUGCAUAUGGAUGAGCUUGAUGGAAAUAUUUUAAGUAGUAUGAUGCAAACAAUAGCCCACUACACAAAUCCUAGCUCACCUAUCAAGGAGGUAGGAAAGCUCAGAUCAGAUCUGAAUAGAUUUUUUGGGAAAGUGUCUGCAUUGGAGGCCCAUGCAUCUUUAUUCCUGAAUAACCCUCAAGACAUUGAGAAUCUGGAGGGCUUGGUCACCAAACUGGGUGAAGGUGAUAUGCCAUCUGUAUUGGAGGAUACUAAGAAAGAGUUGUGUAAACUGAGUGAAGAUGUCCACAAGUUCUCUUUUGACAUCGUGUUCGGCACUCUGAGGGGAUAUCUUGCUGAUGUCAGCAAUAUGGAAAUAUGGACAUCAAAGAGUGCUGGAGGUGCUUUGACCUCUGACCUCCCUACAUUUAGCCUCUCUCCACAAGAAUAUAUUACAAAAGUGGGGCAGUAUUUGAUGACCUUACCGCAGCAUUUAGAACCUUUCACCAUGCAGGACAAUCCUUCAGUGUUGGUUGCUUUGAAGCACGGAAAAUUGCCUUACACUGAUGAAACAGAGCUCCCAGAACAAGUGGCUGACUUGUGGUUGGAGUCCAUAGCCAGAGGAACUAUGCACCUGUACAGUGAGCAGAUCCUGAAAAUCCCAGAGCUAUCCAAUCAUGCUACAAAACAACUCAUUACAGAUAUAGAUUACCUAUGUAAUGUAUUGGAUGACCUCGGUCUUUAUGCAUCGGAGACAUUGAGGAACAUUGACACCCUUUUAAAGGCCCCACAAGAGGAGUAUUUAGACACAGCUGAGUCAAUGCCACAGCGUCUAUCACACUCUAUCAGCAGCAUGAGGAACAUUGAACUUUGACCAUUAUUUGUACAAAGUGGAAUCUCUUACAUAGUAAACAUAUUUAUUAUAUGUUA